AUGACGUCGACACCGGAGGUGGCCCGUAACUUAUCAAGCUUGCUGGAGGGGGAGCUAACCCCCCCGGGCCUCAUAAGUAAUCAAGAGACCACGGCAGCCGGGCCGUCGGAGGAGCCCACCCCGGGUGUCGCUAGUACUACACUGGAAAAAGCAGGUACUACGAUAACCCUCACAAUGGAACACCUCCAGGCGUUGAUCUCGGCCGCAGCCCAGGGUAAACCUCCCGAGGUCGGAGGAGGGGGUAGCAUGGAAAAGCGAAAGCCGGAGUCGCAGCCGGGGGUGUCGACGAUAGACGACGAGCUCCUAAUACUGCCGUCAGCCGAGAUUGAGGGAAUGGCGGGCACCCCCUUCACGGCGAGAUUACAGCACGGGGAGCUGCCGGCCACCUAUCGACCCGUCACGUAUGAAUAUACCGGGGCCACCGACCCCUGGGAGCACGUCUCUCGGUUCGUCACGUCCGCUUCUCUUCACAGGCUAACGGACGGGGUAAAGUGCAGGGUCUUCGCAACUACCCUGGCAGGCCCCGCGCAGAGAUGGUUCAGCCAGUUACCCCGAUGCUCGGUCGAUGGCUUUACCCAGUUUAGCGAAUUGUUCCUAAACCACUUCGCGAGCUCCAAGAAGCAGAAAAGAAGCACGCUUACCCUGUUCGCAGUACGGCAAAAGGAAGGCGAACCAUUAAGGAACUACGUGCAGAGAUUUAAUGCUGCCACCCUCGAAGUCCCUGUCACUAGUGAAGAGGUGCUCAUCAACGCGCUGGCCCAGGGUCUACAAAUGGGAGAGUUCUUCGACUCCCUUUCCAAGAAGGCACCGGCCUCUUUCAAUGACUUGCUCCGGAGAGCCGAAAAGUAUAUCAACGCAGAGGAGGCCCGCCGCAGCAGGGCCUCGGAACCAGCCCCGACAACUGACAAACGUAGGGACAAAAGUCGAGUGGAAGUGAAGAAGCAAGAACCCUUCUCGCGCAGAGAAGUGGGCACAGAGCGACGAACGGGACCCCGAUUUGAAAAUUACGCACCCUUAAGUACCGCUCCCUCAGAGAUCCUGACAGCCAUCGUAAACCAUCCAAAGCUGAAGUGGCCGCGCACCUAUUCGGAAACACCAAAGAAGCCUGUCAGUGCUGGACCUUAUUGCCGCUUCCACAAUGAGCAUGGGCAUUCCACCGACGAAUGUCAGCAUUUGAGGGAUGAAAUCGAAAGGCUUAUCAGGACAAAGAACCUCUCGGAGUUCGUUGAAAGCGGUCCAGGGACCACUGCCAAAUACCCGCGGAAAGGGGGGAACGGUGGUGCACAAGCUCCCAACAGGCAGGGAAAAGACGCCGACCUUCAGCCGCCAAACAACUACAUUCACACCAUCUUCGGGGGCCCCGCCGGGGGAGAUUCGAAUAGGUCCCGCCGGGCCCACCUGCGAGAGCUACAGGAAUUAAGAGGGGAGCUCGCGAUGAUGUACAGGGUGUCCGUUGCCCCGCCUAUCACCUUUGGGGUAGAGGACGAGACAGGAAUACAACAGCCGCAUAAUGAUGCCCUAGUAAUCACGGCCAUGGUAGCAAACUACGACGUGGCAAGGAUACUGGUGGACACGGGCAGUUCGGCUGAUAUAAUAUAUUACGAAUGUUUCAGGCAAAUGCGGUUGAACUUUGAAGUAAGGAAGGUGGAUACGGCCCUUAUAGGAUUCGCCGGGGAGGUGGUGCAGCCAAUGGGAGAGGUAACCCUGCCGGUAUCGCUGGGAACCGACCCCUUAAAGGCGACGCGAGCGGUAAGGUUUCUAAUCAUCGACGCCCCGUCCACUUACAACAUGAUAAUGGGACGGCCCUCGAUGAACGCAUUUGAAGCGGUCGUGUCCACGUUUCACAUGAAGAUGAAAUUCCCGGUCCUUGAUCGAGUAGGGGAAGUUCGGGGAGACCAGGAGACGUCUAGGAGGUGCUACAAUCAGGCCCUCAGAGGACAACGACGCAUUAACCCUGUGGGAUGGGAUAAAGGGAACCUGAGGCCAGGGAGCGAUGACAUCGGGAGAACAGAGGAAAAAAGGCCUCGGCUAGACCCGGAAGAAAAGGAAGAGGUCCAUGUCCAACCGAUGGAAGAACUAAAAGUAAUUCAGCUGGACGUAAACGACCCCACCCGCACCACCAGAAUAGGAACCACGCUUAACGAGGAAAUGAGGGAGGAAUUAACGACCUUUUUGCGCAACAAUCAGGACGUAUUCGCAUGGUCCCCCAGGGACCUGAAGGGAAUCGACCCUGCGGUGAUGGUCCAUGAGCUAAACUUGAGGCCGGGGGUGAACCCGGUUAAGCAGAAGAGAAGGCAUUUCGGGCCAGAGAAGGAUAAAAUAAUCGAGGAAGAAGUACGGAAGCUGCUGGAGGCCGGGCACAUCAGAGAAAUAAAGUUCCCGACCUGGCUGUCCAACGCGGUGCUUGUCAAAAAAGCGGAAGGAAAAUGGAGAAUGUGCAUAGAUUUCAGGGAUCUGAACCAGGCUUGCCCCAAGGAUCAUUACCCGCUCCCGAGGAUUGACCAGUUGGUAGACUCCACGGCGGGGUGCGCAAUGUUGAGUAUGAUGGAUGCCUCCCAAGGCUACCACCAAAUACGACUGAAGGAGGGAGAUCAGCCGAAUGUAAGUUUUGUUACAUCCACAGGAACAUAUUGUUAUGUCGUGAUGCCGUUUGGUCUCAAGAAUGCCGGAGCAACUUAUCAGAGGCUGGUGGAUAGAAUGUUCCGCGGGCAGUUAGGAAGGAACAUGGAGGUGUAUGUGGAUGACAUGCUGGUCAAAAGUGAGGAGGCCGGGAAUCAUAUCCAAGACCUGAGAGAAACAUUCGGCACACUCCGGCGGUACGGCAUGAAGCUCAACCCACUCAAAUGCGCCUUCGGCGUAGAGUCAGGAAAGUUCUUAGGUUACAUGGUAACUAAGAAGGGGGUCGAGGCGAACCCGGAGAAAAUACGCGCGGUGAUGGAUAUGCGUCCGCCCCGGAGCAUAAAGGAGGUACAGAUGUUAGCAGGAAGAAUUACUGCGCUAAGUCGCUUUAUCUCUCGGGCUGCCGACACGAGCUACCCAUUCUUCAAGAUCUUGCGGAAGGGGCAUCUGUUUGAAUGGGGCCCCGAGGCCGAUCGCGCCUUCGAGCAGUUGAAGGAGACACUGGCCCGUUUGCCCCUACUUGUGAAACCGAGAGUAGGGGAGAAACUCUACGUGUACUUAGCCGCCGGGGAGCAAGCUGUGAGCGCCGUACUCUUGAGCGAACGCGGGGGGAUACAAUGUCCUGUCUACUACGUGAGCCGAGUGCUCAAGGGAGCCGAGAGAAGGUACGCGGAGAUUGAAAAGAUGGGACUGGCCCUUGUUCUUACUGCCCGGAAGUUAAGACCGUACUUCUUAUCACAUUCGGUAGUAGUAAGAACUAAUUUCCCCCUAAAAAGUACGUUGGGCCGGAUGGAGGUGUCAGGCCGGAUGGUUAAAUGGGCAGUGGAGUUGGGCCAAUUCGAUAUUGAAUAUGAGCCCCGCACGGCCAUUAAAGGCCAGGCGUUAGCCGAGUUCUUGCAAGAAACAAUACGAGAAGAACAAGAGGCCGAGUGGAAGGCCUUCAUAGAUGGGUCGUCAAAUCAGUCCGGAAGUGGAGCAGGGAUCAUGCUGAUAAGCCCCACGGGUGAAGAAUACGAGUACGCAGUCCGGUUGGCCUUUCGGGCCUCAAAUAAUGAGGCGGAGUAUGAAGCCCUCAUAUAUGCCCUCCAGCUAGCCGCAGAGGCAGGGGCGAACUGUCUAGAGGUAUAUUCGGACUCCCAGCUGGUGGUCCAGCAGAUGAAGGGGAUAUUCGAGACAAAGGAUGAAAGGAUGGGAGACUAUUGCAGCAAAGCAAGGAAACUGUCUGCCGGUUUCCGUAGGUUAAUCCUCGAACAAAUCCCAAGAAGCGAGAAUGAGAGAGCCGACUUCUUAGCCAAGGUCGGGAGCCUAUCUACCGAGUGUGAGAGCAGGAAAAUAACUAUUCUCCAGGGUCAUUCCCGGGAGUAUGAGGAGGUGAUUGUAGCAAGCGCGGCCUUCGAUUGGCGCACUGAUAUCAUUCGAUGUCUCGAGGGGCACGAGCUGCCCUGCCGACGCGAGCAGGAUAAGUUAGUAGCAAGAAGUAGAGGGUUCUGUUUAGAGCGGGGUUCACUAUACAAGAGGGGGUUCACGCGACCCCAUUUAAAAUGCCUAGGCGGGGCCGAGGGAUUGCGCGCGAUCAGAGAGGUGCACGAAGGCUGCUGUGGAGACCAUGCAGGGGGGAGAAUGCUGGCCAUGCGGCUGUUGAGGGCAGGAUAUUUUUGGCCCACCAUGCGGAAAGAUUCGAUUCAGUUCGUUAAGGCCUGUGAUAAGUGUCAGAGAUAUGGACCUCGGAUACGCGUGCCGGGAGAAGAGAUGACUAUAGUAGACACCCCUCGCCCCUUCCUACGAUGGGGAAUAGACAUCGUAGGGCCAUUGCCCGUAGCAACCGGACAAAGGAAGUUUUUGGUAGUCGCCAUCGACUACUUCUCCAAGUGGGUCGAAGCGGAGGCUGUAGCCAGGAUCACGGACACGGAAAUCAUGAAAUUUAUCUGGCAAAAUAUAUGUUGUCGGUAUGGGAUACCGAGGGACCUCGUCUCGGAUAACGGCACCCAAUUCAAUUCAGCAAAGAUAACGAAAUGGUGCAAGGGCUUGGGGAUAGGUCAGAGGUUUGCAGCAGUGGCCCACCCGCAAGCGAACGGGCAGGUGGAGGUAACAAACAGGAUCCUGAUGGAGGGCAUCAAAAAGCGAUUAGAGAAGUCGAAAGGCAAUUGGGUAGAGGAGCUACACUCGGUCUUGUGGGCACACCGGACGUCGCCAAAAGAAGCAACAGGAGAAACCCCGUUCUCUCUUGUUCAUGGCUCCGAGGCGGUGAUACCACUUGAGAUCGGCAUCCCAUCCAGUCGGAUGCGAGGACACAGUGACAUCGUAAACGACGAAGGAUUGAGAAUGGAGUUGGAUCUGAUCAUGGAAAGAAGGGAACAAGCCGUGAUCCGGAUGGAGGCUAACAAGGCGAGAAUCAAGAACGCGUAUGACAAAAAAGUGAGGAAAAGAAUAUUCCAGGUAGGAGAUCUAGUGCUCAAACAGGCAGACGCUUUGAAAGCUGUAGGGAAGAUGGAACCCAACUGGGAGGGGCCAUAUGUAAUAAAAAAGGUGUUGAAAGGAGGGGCAUACGAACUGGCAAACGAAGAAGGGAGGAGGCUUCCACGACCAUGGAACAUAGGACAUCUUAAAAAAUAUUUCACGUAA